GCCGUUGGACCUCACUGAUCUAUUACUGAUCCCCUAUGCAGCUGGUGGAAUCCCCCUUUAAUAUUUGAUCUCACACUGUGUCCACAUGGCAGGCACAGUACUUGUGAGCUGUCCAGCAGCUGAUCUCUCCAUAUGAGCUGCAGUUCCUCCCCCGUCCUGCAGGUGUCGCUGUCCGGCGCUUCCUCCUCCCCGGCUGAUCUAGGUCUCUGCUGCACUCGACGGUCAAGGUGAAAGGUUGUGAAGAUGGCGGCGGCCUUUAUGGAGGAAGAAGUGGAGAACGAUGAUUAUUAUUCGCUGCUGAACGUCCGCCGGGAGGCGACCCAGGAGGAGUUGAAGGCAUCGUACCGCAGACUGUGCAUGUUCUACCACCCCGACAAGCACAGGGACCCUGAACUGAAAAAGCAAGCGGAGCAACUCUUUAACCUUGUCCACCAGGCCUAUGAAGUACUUAGUGAUCCUCAAUCCAGAGCGAUCUAUGAUGUGUAUGGAAAGAAGGGCCUGGAGAUGGAAGGCUGGGAGGUGGUGGAGAGGAAGAGGACGGCGGCGGAGAUCCGAGAGGAGUUUGAGAGGUUACAAAGGGAGCGGGAGGAGAGGCGGCUCCAACAGCGAACGAACCCCAAGGGGACGAUUAGCGUCGGCAUAGAUGCCACCGAGCUGUUUGAUCGCUAUGAUGAAGAUUUUGAAGACCUGCCAGGAAGUGGCUUUCCCCAGAUUGAAAUUAACCGUAUGCAUAUCUCGCAGUCUAUAGAGGCUCCGCUAACGGGAACGGACACGGCGAUCCUCUCCGGGAGCCUCUCCACUCAGAACGGUAACGGGGGCGGAUCAAUAAACUUAGCUCUGAGACGAGUGACCUCGACCAAGGGAUGGGGAGAGCUAGAGUUUGGAGCUGGUGACCUUCAGGGACCCUUGUUUGGACUGAAGAUCUUUCGGAAUCUCACGCCAAAAUGUUUCUUCACUACAAGUUGCGUUUUGCAGUUUUCCUCCCAGGGAAUCAGACCCGGCCUCACGACGAUGGUAGCGCGACAUCUGGACAAAAACACGAUGGGUUACAUCCAGUGGCGCUGGGGCAUCCAGUCAGCCAUGAACACGAGUAUUGUCCGGGACACAAAGACUAGCCACUUCACUAUGGCCUUCCAGCUCGGGAUCCCCCAUUCCUUUAUGAUGCUCAGCUACCAGCACAAGUUUCAAGAUGAAGAACAGACCCGGCUCAAGGGAUCCAUUAAGGCCGGCUUCUUCGGGACGGUGGUGGAGUACGGCGCGGAGAGGAAGAUCUCUAGGCACAGUGUAUUAGGAGCCACGGUGAGCGUCGGCGUGCCGCAGGGCGUAUCGUUAAAAGUCAAGUUGAAUAGAGCCAGUCAGACAUAUUUCUUCCCCAUUCACCUGACAGAUCAGCUUCUACCGAGCGCCGUGUUUUACGCCACUGCGGGGCCUCUUAUUAUCUAUGUAGCCAUGCAUCGGCUUAUCAUCAAACCUUACCUCAAGGCACAGAAAGAGAAAGAAUUAGAGAAGCAGAGGGAAAACUCAGCGUCUGACGUGUUACAGAAGAAGCAGGAGGCAGAGGCUGCAGUGCGUCUAAUGCAAGAGUCUGUACGGAGGAUUAUAGAAGCGGAAGAGUCUAGAAUGGGACUGAUCAUAUUAAAUGCCUGGUAUGGGAAAUUUGUCACCGACAACAGCCGGAGGAAAGAGAAAGUGAAAGUAAUAGACGUGACCGUGCCUCUGCAGUGCCUGGUGAAAGACUCCAAGCUAAUCCUUACAGAAGCAUCAAAGGCCGGCCUGCCUGGGUUCUAUGACCCGUGUAUCGGGGAAGAUAAAAGUUUAAAGAUCCUUUACCAGUUCAGAGGAGUGAUGCACCAAGUCAUGUCCGGAGACAACGAAGCCCUUAGGAUACCAAAGCAAUCUCAUAAGAUCGAUGUGGACGGCUAGGCCCCCCUCCACCUACUCCACCCUCAGAACUGGUCUAUAUCCGGGGCCCGGACACCUCUACCCUGGAUUAUCUGCACACGAAUCCGACAAAGCUUAAUUUUUUUUAAGACUAUAAAUGUGUUAUUAAAAAAGAGAAAAAAAGGUGUCAAAAUAAUAUAUGAGCAAAAAAGCAGAUAAAAUGCCGAUGUUUUUACUGGAGCCAUAUUCUCUUUUAAGUAAGGAUAACCCCCUCCUUGGGUAUAGUCAGGGAUACUACCUUGGCAUCUCAAUCUGUUGGGGGACUACAACUCCCAGCAAGAUGAACCACUGGUCACUAGUGAUGAGGCCGUGAUGUUGCUGAGCACCCAGCUCUCUCUGUCUGUUACACAACGUGUGUAUCUACAUAUGGCUGCUUUAUUCCAAAAACAGCGCCACCCCUGUCCUCAGGUUGUGUGUGGUAUUACAGCUCAGCCUCCUCAGCUUAGCUGUGAUACCACACACAACCCAUUGACAGAUGUGGCGCCAUUUUCAAAAUCUUCAUCGGGAGGAGGCCGUAUGCAAAUGCUUACAACCAAUCAUUGCAUGACUGCCCCCUAUAGGGAUGUAAUGGAUAGAGGUUUUUUUUUAUUUUAGGUCCAAAGCUUCUGAAACCAAUGUUUUCCAACCAGUGUACCUACAGCUGUUGCAAAACUACAACUACCAGCAUGCCCUGACAGCCAACAGCUCUCUGUGCAUGCUGGAAGUUGUAGUUUUUGUAAAUGUCCUUCUCCUCCGACAAUGUUUCCCCACCAGUGUGCUCCAGCUGUUGCAACACUACAACUCCCAGCAACGGCUGUCCAGGCAUGCUGGGAGUUGUAGAUUUUGUUAAUACUCUUUCUCCUACAGCAGCGUUUUCCAAUCAGGGUGCCUC